AUGCCGCCCGUGAUUGACAGGGCCGCCAGCGGCGCGGCGGCGGGCAGGGGCAGCCGCAGCCCGGCCGCCGCCAUGGGCUCGCCGCGCCGGGCCCUCGGCAACUCGUACGCGGGCAACGGGAGGCUGUCGCCGCCGCUUCGGCCGGGCAGCGUCGAGGGCGCGGAGGAGGCGGAAAGCGCGGCCUGGGCCUCCCGGCCCAACCGGCGCAGCUAUCUGCUCAGCAUCCGGCCCCAGAACAGCUUAUCAAGCAGCAGAUUCUCUCUCUCCAGUUUAGGAAGGAGCACCUUCUGCGCAAUCAUUUCUCAGCUGACGGAGGAAACCCAGCCACUAUUUGAAACCACUAUCAAAUCCCGUUCUGUGUCCGAGGACUCUGAUGCUAAAUUCACGUGCAUAGUGACAGGGUACCCGCAGCCAGAGGUGACCUGGUACAAGGAUGAUGAAGAGAUGGACCGCUACUGCGGCUUACCUAAGUAUGAGAUUUUCUGCCAUGGAAAUCGCCACACCCUGCAGCUGUACAAGUGCCGAGAGGAAGAUGCAGGCAUUUACCAGGCCUCAGCUAGAAAUACCAAAGGCAUCGUGUCCUGCUCAGGUGUGCUGGAAGUGGGAACCAUGACGGAGUUCAAAAUCCAUCAGAAGUGGUUUGCCAAAAUUAAGAGAAAAGCUGAAGAAAAACUGCGAGAGAUAGAACAGAGCAAGAAACGAGGGAAAGAGAAUGUGGAGGUGGAGAAUGUGCAGGGAAUGAGCCCCGAUCGGCUCCAGAGAAAGCGGAGGCUGGCCAGGGAUCUGAAUCUCCGGUCAGGAGCCUCUCUAUGGGAGAAAGAGGAUGCAGCAAAAGUGCAUGUCGGUGAUUCUCAGUCCAGAUUCCACGAGGCUGAGUUGAAGGAACAGUCAGUAAACACGAUGACUGGCUUACCAAACAAACUGGUAGCACCUUUGAAAGCAGAGGUGACCACCAAUGGAGAUGCAUGUUUGGAAACUGCAGAAGAGAAUGGGAAUGGCUUUCUCGCGUACAUCUACGAGACAGUGGAAGACCUAGUGGCUAAGCCAAUGGCCAAAGACUCUGCAGCUAAAAAGAAAAAGAAAGUGGAGGAUGCUCCAGCAGCAAAGCAGGAAGUUUCAAAGCGAGAGGAAAGUGGGAGAGACAGGACAAAACCCUCAGCAAAUCCAAGGUUUGCCCCUCCCGUUCCCUUACGCAGGAACGCACAUCUGAGGGUGGCAAGUGAUCAAGAAGCGGAAAAUAUUCCAAAGAUCAAAGAGUCUGGGAAAGCUGUAAACCAGGACGCUAAAAUUAAUGGUGAUGUGCACUUCUCUUUGAAAGAGAUGUAUUUUGAUAAUCAAGUGAAAGCAGCAGCAGAGAAGGAGGAGGCAGGAGCCAAGGAAGAGGCUGUGAAAGAGGCUGCCCUGCAGCCCGCGGGUGUCAGCAGGCAGACGGAGGGUGCUUCAUCAUCCCUAGAGGUGUCAAAGGCAGGACCUGCGCCACCUGAGGGAAGGAAGAGCCAGCACACAGCACAGAAGUCAGAGGGACAUAAAGCCGUCGGUCCAGAGGUUGCAGGAGCAGUGGGACGGUCUGCUAGUGACCUAAAACAUCCAGUGUCUGGCCCAACAGUAGAUCCCGGUCAGCAAGCCAGCAAGGUAGAGGAGCCCAAGAAGGAGACUCCGGUUUGCCGGGAGCCCAGGGGGUCUGGAAAAAGGAUGAACCCCAGACUGAGGCCUCAGGAGCCACCAAAGCCACCACCACCAGACCACACACAGCCCAACAAGGAGCAUCCUCCCUCUAGGAAACAGUCAGAAGGACAUUCCCAUACUCUUGAGGGCAGAGAGACCCAGCAAGGACUGUCAAAUCAAGGUGUCAAGAGCCAAGGAAAUAAAGAGCCAUUGCCAAAGAAACUGAGUCCUCCAGAGCCUGGAGAAAAUACUCCUGAGCAAAAUGCACAUCAGACAAUGGUGAAGGAUGGGAAGAGCAAAGAGGCAGGCUUAGAGCCAUCCGGGAGUGAGCCCUGUGCAGAGGCAAGAGGGAGCAGUGUAGCAGAGUCAUUAUCCCCUGUGGUGGGAGGGACACAUCUGGGGCUUCAGGAGACUGAAACACCAGCUCCUACUUCAGUACGAGUGGCCAAGGAAGAGUCGUCCCCUGUGGUGGGAGGGACACCUUUGGGGCUUCGGGAGGCUGAAACACCAGCUCCUACUUCAGGACGAGUGGCCGAAGAAGAGCCAAUCCCCACUCUUGCAGCAGGGACAUUGGUGGCACAGGAGGCACUGCCUGCAGCUCAAGGGAAGGAGUCUGCUGCAGGGGAGGCCCUGUCUGGAGCCCAGCUGCUGCCUCCUGCGAGCAAAGCCACGGAAACCAAAAAGGCAGAUGGAUCUGCCCCCGAGGAGGAGUUUCCAGCCAGUGCUUCAGGGGAGGAGAGUGCCAAGCAGGUGCCUGUAGUACCUCAGAGGAAGGAAGGAGUAGAGCAAACAGCUGCAGCUCCAAACCAGGAGCCAGCAGCACCUUUGGGCACUUUUGAAAGAGGCACUGAGAUUCAGCCACAAGCACCACUGGUCCUGCCAAACCCCGAGAAACCUCAGGAAAUGACCUUGGAGGAGAAGAUGCAGCACAAAAACCUUGUUUCCUCCUUGAAGAGCUACCUACUGCUGCUUUUAAAAAUGUCAGAUAGCAGCAACAGUGACACAAAAGAAGAUGCUGAGCCCAGGGAUGAGGAGCAGCCCACUGCAGAGGAAGCUGCACUCCCAGAGAUAGGCAUUGCAGGCCUGAGCCCCCGCACCUCAAGGAGAGUUUUGGAAAAGGUACAAAACAACCAGCUCUUCCAGACAGCAGAGAAUUUGCCUCUGACACCCAGGACAACCAGGCGGAUCACAGGCCUGAUUCAUGAGGAAUUUGUCACCAGCAAAGAGAUGCUGGCUUGCAGGCCUGUGCCACCAAAGAGACGUACAAAGGUGGCUCCCGAAGCAGAGGGGUCAUCCCAGCUCUCUGUGCCAUCCAUCGUGGUGGGCAGCGUGCCAGCAGCAGGAGUGGGACAGCAUCCUAAUAAUGCUCCCAAUUUGCCUCCAGCGAGCCCUGAGAAAGAGAGCCCUAGUGACCCUUUGGCUGCGCUACCUUGUGCCACCCCAGAGGAGCUUGCUUCUGGGGCCCGUCGUAAAAUAUACCUGCCGAAAACGAAGCAAGCUGGGGAGGAAGAGGAGGCAACCCCGGAGAGCCAAGGGCAUGCAAGAAGCCCUAAUGUUUCACCACGGCAAUCCAGAAAGAGCGCAGCCCUGUUGCAGACACCUGCCCUGGCUCCAUCCCCUCCAGCAGAGCAACGCUCACCAACCCUCAUGAGGAAGAUGGCCACGUUGGAGGUUCCUAAGCUGUAUGAUGAACCCACAGGUGACAGCAGCAAUGAUCCUGAAGUCCCUGAAGAUGCUAAGCUAGAAGGGCAGCCAGCAGAAUCCAAGAAAGCAAAUAACCCAUUUAAAGCUCCACAGGUGAUUCGUAAGAUCAGGGCUGAACAAUUUUCCGAUGCAUCAGGAAACCUGAAACUUUGGUGCCAGUUCUUCAAUAUUUUGAGUGAUUCUAAGCUGAUGUGGUACAAGGACGAGAUCCCUGUAGCAGAAGCACAAAGGAGCACUGGCGAUGAGGGCCAGGCAGCCUUGGCCAUCGUGCAGGCAUCCCAGAAGGACUGCGGGGUCUACCGCUGUGUGAUCAGCAAUGAGUACGGCACUGACUCCACUGAUUUCCUGCUCAGCUCAGAAGUGCUGUCAGGAUUUAUCUUGCGGGAAGAGAUCGAAGUUGGAGAGGAGAUCGAGAUGACGCCCAUGGUGUUCGCGAAGGGCUUGGCAGACGCAGGCUACUGGGGGGAUAAGUUCUUCGGGCGUGUGGUGAGUGAGGACAUGGAGGUGGGUGCUGGCUUCCUGCGCAAAGCCUGCCGUGCCAGAGCCAUCUACGGACUAGAACCCAUCUUCGAGUCCGGCCACACCUGCAUCAUCAAAGUGCACAAUUUUAUUGUCUUUGGGACCAAGAAUGAGAACAGCCUCAUUGAGAAGAACUAUGAUAUCACCAUACAGGAAUGUAAAAUCCAGAACUCUAGCCGUGAGUACUGCAAGAUCUUUGCUGCUGAGGCACGAGCCGUCCCUGAUUUUGGAGCAGUGCCUGAGAUAAUUCCUCUGUACCUGAUUUACCGACCGGCCAACAACAUCCCUUACGCCACACUGGAGGAGGACCUGGGUGGGCCCUGUGAGCAGUACUGUGUCACUGAGAGAGAUGGCAGCUUGGUGGCACGAGGCACCUCGGAGAUUGUGCUCAAAUGCUGUGCCUUCCAGCACUGGGUAUACCAGUGGACGAAUGGAAACAUCCUUGUGACUGAUAUGGAAGGAGUGGGCUGGAAGAUGACCAACGUGCGGAUAGCUACCAACCUUAAAGGGUACCAGGGGCUGAAGGAAAGCUGCUUCCCCUCCCUGUUGGAGCAAUUUGCAACCACACACCAGUGCAACCAUUACUGCAGCAUCCUGGGCCUGAAGACUCUGGAGCCGGCCAAACCCAAGGGCCCCAAGAGCCCCUCCACAGGCAGGAAAUCAACCCAGUCCAGCCCCCAGCUUCCGAAGAAGGGGAUGGCGAGUCCCCAGGGCACCCGGAAGGCUACUGUGAGCCCCAGGAGCUCUCGGAGAGCAGUGGAAGCAGGGGAGGCCCAAGCAGCCUCCAAACUCAGGUCUGGAGAGGGCAGCGGGUCUAGUUGCCCGCAGUAGUCGGAGCUGCGGCCGUGGGGACCCCCGCUCCUCCCACCAGCCCAAGCAGCCGGAGGGCAGCGUGCGACUGUGUGCUGCAGCUCUCAUCCCUUUGCUCCUGCCCCAACUCGUCACAUUUGUGUUGUGUGGUGUGUGCUAGCGCAAGCCACUCACUGGCUUCGCAGCAGGGCCGGCACAGCUGUGGGCAUUGCGGCACCCACCCGUGGGCCCCCUCUCACAGACCUCUCUACAGGAGCUGCGUGGGGCCCGUGGGGCCCUGCACGCUCCUGCGCCGGGACUUGCUUUCCACUCCUGCCUCUUUCCAUUUGGCUUGCUUGAACUGGUGCAUUCAGGACAUGGGCUGUCAGACCAGCUCCCUCAGGCUUUGCCUAUACUGUGCCCCAUUCCUGGCGGUGCCCCAGCGCUCCCCUGAGCUGACCAGGAAUAUGGGCUCUCCUCCUGGCUCCCAGCUCCUUUCUGCUCCCCCAGCACGUGUCACCACCCCUGUCCCUCUUCAUGUCCUCUGUAAAUCCCAGACAGUGCUCAGUGUCAGGGGUGUGAAGCAAACCAGAGCCCACCUCGUCCUUUGCAUGCUGAUUUAAAUUGUGUUGCUGCAGCGGGGUUUAGCGGUGAGCUGCAGCACUUGUGCUUGCCUGCUGCUAUUGCUUGGGACUCCGGGGUGCGGCCAGCCCCGUGGCAGGGUGCUGGUGUCAGUGCCAGCAGCUGCAUGGGGCAGGAGUUGCACCCCUCUCCUGGCCUCCCUGGCCGGGUGGAUGCUGAGGGCGGUGGUGCUGCUACAGGUAAGGAUGCUCUACCUCACAUGGGGCGCCCAGGAGCGGGCAUUGCUGGCCGCCUGUGGUUAGCGUCACCCCUGCUUGGCGCAGUUACCGCAGUGGCAGUGUCUGCUCCUGUCCGUGCUGCCCUGGUGCCAGACAGGCCAGUUCUGGGCCCCAGGGCCGUGUGCUCUGGCCGUGGCGGGAGGCAUCGAUGAGUGGGCAGCGGUGCUCCUGCUGCGAAGUAAAGCUCCCCACAGUGGGACAAGCCUCCUUCGUCUCACCCCAUCACCUUCCCUAGGGCUUUGGAGAGGCGUGCUGGGUGACAACACUGCCACACCUAAGCAUGGCGAGGGUGGUGGCAUCCAAAAUGGUGACUCGCUGCAGCCUGGCAGAGGAGGGAAGAGGCUGGGCCGGGAGUGAGGUGUGCCCCAGUGCCCUGGUGCUGUCAUCAGAUCAUUGUAAAAUAAUGGUGUACAUACAUGGCCGCCUUGGCAAAUGGGUGUGCUCGAGUGCAAUAAAGUGAGAAGGACUGGCCUGUUCUCC